CGCUCGCCCUCUACUCUCUCUACAUAGCUGUGUGUUCCUCGCUCAUCUUCGAGCGAUGGCGGCCUCUCCGUUCGAGGAAGUGGAGCUCAAGAUGUGUGUGAGCCUGCUGCCGAGCGACAUCGGCGACAUCUAUGCCGGCAUCCGCCGCAACAUCUACCAGUUCCUCAUGCGCUACAACGAGGCACUGGGGGGCGUGUUGCUGGCGGUGUCGGACCUGUCGUUCGGCGACGGGGCGAGAGAAGGCCGGAUUGAGGAUGAAAUGCCGCACAUCCACUUCGACGUCAAGGCCAAGGCGCAGGUGUUCCGCCCACGGCCUGGCCACGUUUUGCAAGGACGUGUCAACAAGGUUACGAGUACUCACGUAGGGAUGCUGGUAUGCGGCAUAUUCAACGCGUCGGUGGCAUCGGAAUCGAUGGGAGAGGGUUUCAGAUUCGACAUGACCGCUCGAGAAUGGCAACGGAGUCGGGGGGGCAAGCAUGGAGCGGGAGAGGUCAUCGCUGUAGGAGCCGACAUGCAGUUUGUCGUUACUAGGAUGCACGAGGCGGCAGGAUUGAUAUCGAUCGAGGGGUCUCUCGAAGGCCUCCCGAAAGCGGACGGGGGCGAGGAGAAGGAAGAGCAGCCGAGGGAGGAAGAAGGGGGGGAGGCUGCAGUAGCCAACACCAACACCAACAAGCGCCGAGUGGCGGUGGCGACGGUAGCAGCAGAGGAGGGGGAGGAUGAAGCGGCGGCCGCCGCCGCGGCCGCAAAGGCUGCCAGGAAGAAGGCGAAGAAGGCCGCGAAGUUGGCGGCUAAGGCCCAGAAGAAGGUCAAAACCGAGGUGUAG